CUCUUCCACCAACCGACCAGGAAAGAAACUCGCCGCAGGAAACGCAUGCAAACACAAGUUGUGUCGCCUUUUUGCCGCAUUCCGCAACCUCAGUUCUCUCUCCCAUCACCCUUAGCCUUAAUCUUACUCACCUUCUCUUCAGUUGCUUCGAGUGAGAGCAGAGCACCUCUUUCGCAAGACCGAGGCGGUCAACGCCCUGUAAAGACUAUCGGGGAAGAAAGGCCUUCUGCUGGACCGAUAGGAAGGCCGUAGCUGAUAUGACUCAAGUCAUGGCGGACCAGAAACAGCGGGCGCCUCGUGCUCGUUCUCGCAAGCGCCUUUCGAGCGAGGCCAGCGAUCUCGCCAGCCAAAAUGCUAAUGGCGGACGGCGGGCGCUUCGCAAGAGACAGAAAGUCGCCCCCAAGGACCAGGAGUCUGGUACCUCAAGUGCCCAAGAGGCCGCGGUCGACGGAUCUCGUACCGUCGACGACUCGUCCGGUGAGAGUGAGACGGAUGAGACCGGUGAGACCGGUGAGAAACUCAAAGUCAAGAUUGACCGGAGCUUAAAGCCCAUCUCGGACCCACGCGAGAUGAUGCAGGAUAUGGUCUCGCGGCUUCAACCAGAAGCCUUCAGGAAGUCGCCCAUCAAGUUGAGGGUGGCCACCAUCUGCUCGGGGACGGAUGCCCCGAUAUUCGCCCUGAACCUGCUCCAGGACGGCCUGCGAGCGCUUGGUUAUGGUCCCGGCUUAGUGUAUGAGCAGCUUUUCAGCUGCGAAAUUGAGCCAUUCAAACAGGGCUUCAUUCGUCGCAACCUCCCGUCUGGCACGCCCAUCUUCCGGGACGUGGUGGAGAUGGCGAGGGCCGGCCCGAACGGCCUAGCCAUGACCGCUGGCGGCUCCAAAGAGCGGGUUCCGGACAGAGAGGAGAAGCAGCUGGACAUUCUGUUUGCCGGCUGCUCAUGCGUCGACUACUCCAAUAUGAACACAAACAAGCCAGACGGCAGUGUGCCGUCUCUCGACCGGCACCUUAAGCCGCAGUCGGCAACGGUCGGUAACGCCCCAAAGAGAGCUCGCGGGAAGGGAGAAGCAGGACACAGAGAAGGUCCAAAAGAUUCUUCGGCAUCGCCUGUCGCGCUCGAUUGGGCGUUUAUCCGGGACCUGGAUCCAGCGCUGGAUGAGCUUCUGGACUCGAAAGCCGGAGAGUCGGCGAGAACAUUCUUUGCCGCCGUCAAGCUCAUAAACGACUUGCGGCCAAGAUUCGUUGUGCUCGAGAAUGUCUGCGGCGCGCCGUGGGAUAUGUACACCAAGCACAUCUUCCCAAAAAUCGGCUAUGUGGCCAAGGCGGAGAGGGUGGACAGCAAGGACUUCUACGUCCCCCAGACACGGCAGCGGGGCUAUCUGGUUGCCAUCGACGCGCAGUAUUUUGGCAUCGGCUUAGCCACCAAGAUUGCCGCGGAGUGGCUUCUCAUGCUGCUCAAGUGCAAGCGUCUGCCUUCGGUUGCCGUCACCGACUUUCUCCAUCCCUCCGAUGACCCGUCGCUGGUUCUCGCCAGGGCGGACAUGGAGGGCAAGACAACGGAAAGCUCCGACUGGGCCAUGUGCUCCCUUCGGCACACCGAUGCGCGCCACGCCCAUGGGCUGCGCCGAGACGAGAACCCGUUCAGCAACAAAGUGAUGCGCAAUGGCCGCCUGAUCUAUGCUUGCUACCCGUCUCACUCCUGGGUGCGGUUCUGGCAGAUCCAGGUUCCCCGGAUCAUCGAUGUCAUGGACAUUGCGUUCGCCGUCAACAAUGGCAAAGGCUGCGACCUCGGCUUCAAGACCGCCAUGAUUGAUGUGAGCCAGAACGUGGACCGCAACAACUACGUCCGGCGCACCCCGGCCUGGAAGUUCGGCAUCGUCGGCUGCAUUACACCCUCCGGGGUGCCCAUCAUCACAGACCACAUGCGCCCCGUCACGGGGUCCGAGGCCCUGGCACUUCAGGGACUUCCCGUGGACGAGCUGGUUAUUUCGACCGAGUCGCAGGCCCAGCUCCGGGACUUGGCCGGGAACGCCAUGACCCUUACCGUGGUUGGCGCUGUCACUCUGUGUCUUCUCUUCGCCGCCACCAAGUUAGCCCCCGAUCAUCUCGACGGGAUGCCCUCGUCACAGCCCAAGGCUGGCCUGUAUCUACAACAAGCCCCUGAAGAAGAUGACAAGUCGCUGGGCGCUGGCCGGAGCAGCAUCGCCACCAUCCACGUCGGGCUGCUCCUGCCCCUGGCCGAGCAGAUGCGGCGCGUGUGUCACUGCGCCAGGACGGCGAGCGAGGUCUUUGUCUGCAGUGCCUGCGGCGCAACGGCCUGCGCGGCCUGUCGCGGAAACCCGGUGCACGACUUCGGCACAACGCCGGUUGCGGGACCAGAGCUCUCCAUCGAGCGCGGCAAGGUUCAGCUCAAGCGCCUGCUGCCCAAUGCUGUCGCGCUGUACCUACCGCCUUCCAUUAUUGUCCCGGACGCGAAGGGCCGAUACGGCCCGGCGGUCCAUGACGCCCUGGCAGGACGACAUGUGUACUACUUUGACACCAUCCGAGUCACGGACGUGGUGACGGUGUGUUAUAAGGCCGCCAAAACCAUUGCGCGUCUCGUUCUGUCGCCCGAUGGUAAUGGUACCUGCUGUUGGUACCUCUACUUCGCGCCCUGGCAUCCAGAGCGCACGCAGCUGUCGGCCCGUUUUGAUGUGAACCAGCCCAUCGCGCGCGGGCUGAUUCCGCAGGGCGCUGCCGUCCCGCAGUGGUCCUUCUGGGUCCCCAAGGAGAUCAAGCUCAAGCUGCAGCUGACCGCCGAUGCCGCCGCCGGUGCACUGGUUGCCAGCGAUCUGUCGUUUGCCGACGAUCCCGGUUCCGACCCGUCUCUGCUGGCCUGGAAGAGGACUGUCGAGCAGAAAGUGUGCGGUGUUUACGUCCACCACCCCAAGUGCGGUACGCCGGGAUGCGCCCUUCGCAUCCGACAAGGCUCCGAUCCCGCCGCCGCCAGGGUCUUCAUGAUGUGGGAGUCUGAAGCACUCCGCGCACCGCGCAAGGAUCACUUUGUGUGGACCGACACGGCAAGGAGGACCGAGACGGUCAAAAUGGAGCCUCAUGAGUAUCGCGAGGUUUUUCUCCGCGCCACCCCAGCUCUCACUUGGGCCGACGUUGGUGCAUGUACGACGCGCCCUGGUCCGAUAGACGUCUUCUGGUCCGGCUACUGGUCGUCGUCCGCUUCUCCGGGGCCUUCCGACGCUCCAAACCUAAAGCCAGUCGGGGACAUGGUCCGCAUUCACUGGGCCCCCACCGAAACCAUCCAAGACUCGGCCUGUCAUGCGCGAGGACAAGACCCUGUCACGAGCAUGCCGGUCCUGGCUACCAUCACGGCGACGUUCCGGGGCUUCCCAAUGCCGUCAACCAGGGUUGCCAAGGUCGAUGCCCGCGCGACGAAUAACGACUAUUUCGUCUUUCCAGCCAACACCUACGAUGGGUUUCUGCGGCUGUUUGCGUUUCUCUCCGCAGAACUUCAGGUUUCCAGAGUGCCAGCCGAUCUUGCAGAUUUCCCGCACCUCCGCGGUGAAUGGGUUCCGGUUGGCCAUUGCAGCAUGUGCUCCGUGAUGCCGCCUGAGAUCGCUGUUUACGCGCAGGAAAAUCGCAAGAAGGGCCUUUUCCUCAUCGAAGACCCGGCCCAGGCUGGCCUGUUCGAGCGCCAGUAUCAGGAACUUCCACGAGCCGUCGCGGUUGCGGCACGGCUCCUGCAAGGCGGCGAUGAUGGCGGCGGUGACGGAGAAUCGACCAUGGACAUCAGACUCUUGAUGCAGCCCAAGACGCUCGUCUCCCGAGCGCUGGAAUACCUGAUCCAGGCGCACCCCACGGCAAGCCGCGGUCGGUUCGCGCUGACGUCUCAGGCAAACACGGCCUUCAGAGUGACGCUCGAGUUUGCAGCAACCCCCUCCAUCACCGGCCUUGCGCCCUUCGCCGACUCUCUCCGGCCAUGCGGCCAUACACUCAACCCUGGUAUCGACCUCACCAAGAAGAAGUACGUGCCGCCCAGCGAUGGCCCUCCUCGGUUCUGCCGGGACCUGGGCAGGGGCAGGGGCAGGGUGAGGGUGGAACACGAGCUACGGCCGAGCCAGAAGGAGGCGGUCAUCUGGAUGAUGCAGCGCGAGCUCGUGCCAAUCGAUUUCGUUAAGUCCGAAAUCGAGGAAGAAGUCGUUGCACCGCUCAACCUGCGAGUCGUGGGCAAGGCCGAAUGGGCCAACAGCUUUCCGUACAGCGCCCGGGGAGGUGUGGUCGCGCACGAUAUCGGCUACGGGAAGACCGUGGUGACGCUUGCCCUGCUUGAUUACAUGCGAGAGUACGACCUGAACGAGUCCGUCGCGGAGCGCAUGGAGAAAGUCGACGGCGCCUGGGCCGCCGAACUAUCCGGGUACUUCAAGCAUUCCGGGGACGCCGCCGAUGCCCUGCUCCAAAACGCCACAGCCUCCGGCCCCUUCUUCCGGCACUUGUCGGCCACGCUUGUGAUCGUUCCCAAGCACAUCACCGACCAGUGGGCACUGGAGGCUGAGAAGUUUCUUGGCCUGAAACAUCCAAAAGUGCUCAUUAUCAAGACGUCCAGGUCGUUCUACGACCCGCUGAAGCUGAAGGAGCUGGAGGAAGCCGAGAUCAUCAUCCUCAGCAGCGCCGUGUUUACGAGCGGCUUCAUGGACCGUCUGCAGAAAGUUGCUGGCAGAGGCCCUGAUUAUCCCAGGGGCCUUCCCGAGAGGGCCCUCGAGAUCUGGUACCAACAAGCGCUCCGCAACCAGAGGAUCCUUACUGCUUGCUACCUAGCCGGUCCUGCCCCCGGUGUUACGCACGACGAACACAUGUCCACGAUCCGGAACGACGUUUUUGGCCGACUGGUCGAGAGACAGCAAGCUGAAAUCAACGAGCUCGUGGGUAAACAAGUUAAAGGAACCAGCCGCAAAGAUGCCAAGAAGGGCGCGACGAAGAACGGCAAGCGCGCCGCGGCCAAGACAGCCCCGGAGCAGCAGAACGAGGGCGACAAUACCGAACAGGAGACGACGGCCUCAAAGCUCGAGGAUCAUGAGUGGGACAUAUCCUGGCUCCACAACUGCAGCUUCGCCCGUGUCAUAUGGGACGAAUGUUCGUAUGAUGACGAUAACCACAUCCGCCUUUUCGUUGCGAAUGCCGCGGCCAACGCUAAGUGGCUGAUCUCCGGGACGCCCAAGCUCUUUGCGCUCGAACAAGUCUGCAAAAUGGCCGCCGUGUUCGGCAUCCACGUCGCCCGUCCGGAGCAGCGGAUGAUGCCGGGCUUACCCGCCGUGACCGAGGGCCCCAAACUCCAUCCCAUGACCAAGAGCGAGGAGUUUCACAUGUUCUCGUCCCGGAUCAGGUCGGCCGUAGUUGCCGCGGAGAGGCACAGCCGCGGCCAGGCCUUUGUGUCGUCCUUCUUCCGUGCCAACCACCUGGCAGAGGAAGUCGAAAUCGAGGUUGAAGAGCUUGUCGUGCCGGUCGCCAUGACUGCCUCUACCGCCAUGCGUUAUCAUCUGCUCAACCAGGAAGUGUUCGACGCUGGCUACGACUACUCGGCGCUCCCGGCCCACGCCCGUGAUGCCGUCAAGCUGAAGGGCGGCGACUUGGUGCACCGAGACACGCAGGCUCAGGCCAAGAUGCUCCUGGGCCUGGUAGCGUGCGGUCUUGGCAGGGAAACGGCCUCACUCAACGCCUGCCGCCAGCAGCUCUCGAAGCGGCUUCACAAUCUCGGGGACCACAUGAAGCUGCUGUGGGACAAGGUCAUGUGGCUCCGGCGCUGGGUGCAAGUUGCGUUCCACCAAGGGGACGCCCAAGCCACCAACCAACGGGACCAAGACGCUUUGGCCCCUCUCGCCCGUGUUGAUGCCAUGUGCGACGCGCUGACAAAGGCCUUGUCCGGCGACCGAGGCUUCGAGGACUUCGAGGACUUCGACGGCAUCGACAUGUUCCAGCAUGAGGUAGCUGUUGUGGCCGGUCAGCGGCAGCCCAAGCAGCUGGCUCAGGCUGCUUCUUCUGGGCCCGAUUUCCUUAGGGCAGCGUGGGCGCCGCAGUUCACCGGGGACUGGCGAGAGAAGUACAGCGUCAACAAGGCGCUGUAUACGUGGAUCGACUUCUUCCACGUCGACGAGGGCGCCUGGAUGCAGUUUGUCGAUACACUAACUGAGGCGCAGCUCCGGCUCCUCGCCGAGGAUAUCUGCUGGCUUCGAUACAAGCUCGACCCCGAUGCCGAACCGCUCAAGCGCCAGCUUCCAGACCCGUCGUCCUUCUUGAAGUCUGCGCUCACUUCCCGGGACAUUCCCACGACGAUCGACGGGAAUAGUGCACUCGACAGCAGCCGCGUUCUCGAUGUGUUGUCGAAGGAGAGGCUUCAGAAAUUCGUCUCUGAGUGCAUGCAAUCCCGAGAGAAAGGGGCGCCGAGGACGUGGGACAUGGAACGGAAGAGAUUUACCGAGAGGGACGACGUGCCCAAGUCGAAGCAAGCGCUCCGACAGCGAUUUGCGGAGCUCAACCUGCACUUCCGCGAAGGCGUUUCCAUCGGCGAGCUCCAAAAGCUGCUGUGGCAGCACGAGAACGGGUAUGCCGGAAUCGAUAAAUACCGCGACGGCCGUGCCGCUCCCGACCAACACCUCCAGUUAGCGAUCGCCCAAGACCUGGAAGCGCUGCAGGACGAGCUGAAGCGCACCAUGGUGCAUCUGAACAAGACGACCGACGACUUUAGGACGACGUGGAGGGAGAGCAACUUCGUUACCGCGUACUCGUCGCUCGCUUGCGCCGAUGACAAGGACUCCGUCGUGUCCGGGAAGCGCUGUGGCGGCUGCCAUCAACCACUCGAGUCCGCAUCCUCGUCGUUCCUGGUCGUGGGCUGUGGCCACUUCCUGUGCCAUGGAUGCCAGUCGGCGGCCGAAUUCUACUGCCCGGCCAAGGGCUGCCCGGCCUUCGUGCACCAACGCCCGAUCCUCCCGUGCUCCCAGGUGCCGGGGGCCUCGGACGACGAGGGGCACACAAAGGCCGCCGAGGUGGCCGACUUCAUCAAGAACCGAAUCCCGUCGGACGAGUACGUGCUUGUCUUUGGCCAGUACGGCCCCUUCAUCGACGCGCUGGAAAAGGCCAUCAAGGAUGCCGGAGUCGAAUGCCUCAAUCUCGCCAGCCUGAGCGACGAGAUGGUGUCCCAGGGGCUAGAGGACUUCAAGGCCGCACGGGCCGGCCGAGUCUUGCUGCUCGACAUGGACAGCGAAACCAGCGCGGGCAGCAACCUGACCAUUGCGUCGCGCAUCGUCUUCGCGAGCCCGUACAUGCACCACGACGAGGACCACCAGGUCAGGACGGUGCUGCAGGCCAGAGGCCGGUGCAUCCGCACUGGGCAGACGAACAAGGUGCACGUGUACCAUUUUAUGGUCUCGGGUACCAUCGAGGAGGAGAACCUCCGGAAGUUUGGCCGGGUUAACCCGGCUGUGAAGAAGUUCUUUGGUGAGACAGAGGAAGAGGAGGAUGAUGAAGUGGCCGGUACGACGGACUACUACUGAUGUGUGGAGGACUUUGUUGGGUAUUUGCCGUAUAGUAUGGUUCACUCAUAGGAGUACACGGGGGAAACAAAAACGGCGGCCAGAUGGCAGUGAGGAGCGCUCAGAAAGAAGCCUUCGAUGACGUCCUCCUUGCUGGAGGCAAAAAAAA